CCAUUAUGAAUAAUAAAGAAUUUAUAAAUGAAUGCAAUUGUCUUAAUAACGGUGAUUUUGUUAUGGUUACAUCUUUAGGUGUAUCAAUUUGGACAUUUAAUACACAAAUUAAUAAAAUAGAGUUGAAUUAUUGUUGGAAUGAUGGGAAUGUUUGGGAUUGGAAUAAAGAAAACGUAAUUAAACUUUUUGAUGAUGAGAAAGGAUUUAAGAAAAAAUAUUUUUUCCCACCAUCAUCAUAUAUUGGUAUAAUACGUUAUAAUUCUGCUUUCUCACAACCACCACAACUAUAUAAUAAAGAGAGUAACAGUGAUAAAGAUAGGUUUUUUUUUAAUGAAUUAAUAGAAAAACAUAUUAAUAAUAAAUUCUUUUUAAUACUUUAUGGGAAAAAACUUAUAGAAGAUAUUAUUAUAGACGAUGAUGACGAACUGCUACGAAAGUUGUUUAAAGCGUGCACCAAGCAAAUUGUGAAGGAUAAUGAAAUUAUAAAUACGCAGAUAUUUAAAAUAUUUUCUCAAUCAAUCACUGAAAUAUUUAGAAAAAAUCAAUCAUUUUUUGAAGAAUUUAUUACACAAAUUUCACUUUUUUGUGUCCUUCAUGUAGAAAAAAAGAAUCAAGUUUUAAAACAUCUUUCUCAUUAUCAAUGUUAUAGUAGUUUAUCUGAAUUAACAUAUUUAGAUUCUUUAGUUGAUACUUUUUAUAACUCUUUUCUAUAUAAAAAGAUUAUCCCUUAUUUAUAUACAAAAAUUGCAAAUCUUCAUUUAUAUAAAAAAAUUGUUUUCAUGUUUCCACCACCUAAAUUCCACCCACAAUUGUUUUUAAUGUUUCCUUUGCCAAAUUUUGUUACGUAUUAUGAAAAUGAUGAAAAAGAUGAAUUUUUUUUAAAAAAAUUAUUUAAACCAAAAUCUUGUCAUUUUAUAAAUAUUGAUGAUUUAACUUUUUACAGCACAUGGAAUG